AUCACGGCGGAGAUGGCCACGUUCGUGCAGGCGCUGCGCCAGAAGGUGAAGGUGGGCGUCGUGGGGGGCUCGGAUUUCGCCAAGAUCAAGGAGCAGCUCGGCGAUGACGUGGUUGAAAAGUUUGACUACGUUUUUCCUGAAAAUGGUCUUGUCGCAUACAAAGAUGGGAAAUUCCUGAGCAAGCAGAACAUUCAGGGUCACCUGGGCGAGGAUGUUCUCCAAGACCUAAUCAACUACUGCCUGAGUUACAUUGCGAAGAUUAAACUGCCAAAGAAAAGGGGCACUUUUAUUGAGUUCCGAAAUGGGAUGUUAAAUGUGUCCCCCAUUGGAAGGAGCUGCAGCCAGGAAGAACGAGUUGAGUUCUAUGAACUUGAUAAAAAGGAACACAUAAGAGAGAAAUUUGUAGCUGAUUUACGAAGAGAAUUUGCAGGAAAAGGCCUCACAUUUUCUAUAGGAGGCCAGAUAAGCUUCGAUGUGUUCCCAGAUGGCUGGGAUAAGAGGUACUGCCUAGGAAUUGUUGCUGAUGAUGGAUACAAGACCAUUUAUUUCUUUGGAGAUAAGACUAUGCCAGGAGGGAAUGACUACGAAAUUUUCACAGACUCCAGAACUGAAGGCCACAGCGUCACAUCUCCACAGGAUACACGAAGAAUCUGUGAAGAGCUGUUUUUUAAAUGAAAGACUUUUAGAAUUCACACUUCUAAAAUGGUUAAGCCAGCUUAGUAACUCUAA